AUGGGCUUGGGCCGGGAGGGCCCGUCCGCGCAGGCGCUCAUGCCGCCGGGUCCGCGGGACGACCUCCGCGCGGGCGCGGGCGCGGGGGAAGGCGCGGAGGCGGAAGGCGCGGAGGCUGCACCAGCGGAGGACGACCAUUUACCGGAGGACGAUCAGGAGGCGGUGCUGGAUUCGGUGGUGAAGUUGUUCGCCGUGGGGAGCAGCCCCAACUACCGCCUGCCCUGGCAGAACAAACCGCAGCGCGAGGUCACCGGCUCAGGGUUCGUGAUUAUGGGCCGUCGGAUCCUCACCAGCGCGCACAUCGUGGCCGACCAGGCGUUCGUGCUCGUGAGGAAGCACGGCUCGCCCAAGAAGUACCUCGCGCAGCCACCUACCCCUGUCUUCAUUCCCCAACCUGACCCAGCCACCUUUUCCCUCCCUUCACGUUCCCCUGUCCUGACCCUCAGCAUCCCCUCCCCCCACCAAGUGCUAGCAGUGGUGCAUGAGUGCGACCUGGUGCAUCCCCCUCCUCUCCCUUUGACCCCCUCCUGCCCCCGCACUCUCCCCCCCCCCUCCCCUUCCCCCUCUCCCCCCCACCAGGUGCAAGCAGUGGCGCACGAAUUUGGGGAGGAUAAGGGCGGCGGGGGAGCAGGGGGACGGGGCGGGGGCGCCAUGGGGGAUUUCGGGGGCGGGGGGAUGGGGAGGGGGGGCGGGGGCGGGCUGGGGAGCCGAAUGGGCGGGGGGAAGGGGAUGGGGGGGGAUAUGGGGAUGGGGAUGGGGGGGAGGGGGGAGGCGGGGAGAGGAGUGGGGGGAGCGGGGGGGAAUGAGGAGUUCUGGGCGGGGCUGAACCCGCUGCCUCUGGGGGAUGUGCCUCAGCUGCAGGAGUCGGUAGCUGUGGUGGGGUACCCUCAAGGAGGAGACAACAUCAGCAUAAGCAUGGGGGUAGUCUCACGCGUCGAGCCACCAAGUACGCACACAGCGGGGCGCACCUGCUGGCCUUACAGAUCGACACCCCACUCAACUCACCUCUCCCGUCCCAUCCUAAUCCCCACUGGUUCCCACCCACCAACCCUGUCAGGCGGCGACAACAUCAGCAUCAGCAUGGGAGUCGUCUCACGCGUGGAGCCCACCAAGUACGCGCACAGCGGGGCGCACCUGCUGGCCAUCCAGAUCGAUGCGGCAAUCAACCCCGGCAACAGCGGGGGACCCGCCCUCGUCAUGACCCACGUGCCCGUCGUGGCAGGAGAUAGCACCACCAGCAGUGCUGCUGCUGAUGCUGCUGCUGGCGCGUACGGCAGCAGCAGCAGCAGUAGUGGUGGUGGUGGUAGAGAGACAAGCAGAAGCGGUGGCAGCGGGAAUGGAAGGGAUUUGAUGAAUUCACACCGCAUGGAUUCUCAACUGCAGGGAGAGUCUGCUGGUAGGGCAGGGGGGAUGCAGCGGCGAUCAGGGUUGGAGGAGGAGAGCGAUUCACCCAGCAUAAAGGGGCUGGGCUGGGGGGACGAGGGCGGGGACGGGAUGCUGGGGCUAGGGGGGGAAGAUGGGCGGGAGGAGUGGGAGGGGGAGGAGGGGGAGGAGGAGGUGGGGGUGGGAGGGGGUUGGGCGGAGAUAGAAGCGGAGCGGGCGGCAGAGGAGGCGGCGGCGAGGGCGGCACCGGUGGCGAUGAGAGUAGAGUACCGCGUAGUGGGGGUGGCUUUCCAGAACCUCACUGGGGCUGAAAACAUCGGCUACAUAGUACCCACGCCCAUCAUCCACCGCUUCUUACACGAUGCAGCGCUGCACCACCGCCGCUUCCACGGCUUCUCCUCCCUGGGCGUGGCAUGCCAGCCGCUUGACAACUGGCAGCUGCGCGCGCACCUGCGCCUGCCGCCGACUGCUACAGGCGUGCUGGUGAACGCGGUGCAGCCGCUGAGUGAGAGCAGCCGGUGGAUCAAGAAGGACGACGUGUUGACCGCGUUUGACUGCGUUCCUAUAGCGGAUGAUGGGUCUGUGUUGUUCCGCAAGAGGGAGCGACUGCCGUUUGACUACCUGGUGUCGCUCAAGGGCAGUGGGGAGAGGGCCAUGGUGUCCGUGUACCGAGGAGGGCAGCUCAUGCACUUCGACAUGACCGUCAACCCGCUCCCCCCGUUGGUGGCAGCGCAGCAGUGGGACAGCGCGCCCAGCUACUUCAUAUUCGCAGGGCUCGUCUUCAUGCCGCUCUCCCAGCCCUACCUGCACGAGUACGGCCCCGACUGGCUCCACUCCUCCCCCCGCCGCCUCUGCGACCUCGCCCUCCGCAACCUGCCCGAGAAACCCGGGCAGCAAAUCAUCAUCCUCUCGCGGGUGCUCCCUGACGAGGUCAACGGUGGCUACGAGCGACUGGCAGACCUGCAGGUGCUGAAGGUGAAUGGGAUGGAGGUGGACAAUAUUCGCCAACUCAAAGACGCCGUGUUCGAGACAUCUGGGCCGUUCGUUCGGUUCGAUCUGGAGGACGGGCGGAUCAUAGCCAUUGACAUGGCAGCUGCCAGGAAGUCGAAUGCGCAGAUUUUGCGGCGCUACCGCGUGCCGAGUGCAUCGUCUUGGGACCUCCGCCAAAUGGCCGACAGCAACUCUCACGACAGCCACAGCCGCUUCUGA